AUGGAUAUCCACUUCCUGGAGACGUUGUCGUCGGUCACUACAGAAACCAGUGAUGACCUUCGCCGAAUCCGAAAUGAAGAUUCAAAUCCACCAAUGAUCGAACCAAAACGGCGUUUACCCGAUUCUUCCAUCACAUUUCGGACUGGCCAGAUAUUCCAGCAUCGACGGUACAACUACUGGGCCGUCAUCUGUGGAUGGGAUCCUACUUGUCUGGCUCCACCUGCGUGGCAACUGCAUAUGGAGAUUUCAAAUUUGCCACGUGGACCAUCUCAGCCAUUUUACCAUGUCUUGGUCAGUGACUCUUCGCGACGAUACGUAGCGGAGGAGAAUAUUAAUACAGUGGCACUCACUUCAAUGGAAGAUGAAGAGGAAAAACGUGCUAUCAUAGGGAUCUUGUGUGCAGUGAGCGAUAUUGGUAAACAAUUUAAACGCGUGGAGAUUGCGAAUGCUAGGUUUGUCCCUACCUCCGAACUGCGCCAUGAAUAUCCUGACGAUUUUGCUUGA